CUCCGAGCUGCGCGGCCCGACUCGUGUCCGCCAUAUUGGAUGCCGCAGCCGCUGCUGCCAGCGCUUCCUCCUCCGUCUUCGCCGUGCGCUGCUGGUUCCUACGGCCCGAGCGGCGGGGAGGUGAAACAGGAGCCUGUCGGAGGAAGAGGAAGAAGGGGGUGGAGAGUGUCCCCCUCCUCGCAGCCGCGUUGCCGCCCCCGUCUCGCUCUCCCCACCCAGUGCAGUGGCCGCCGCCUCUUCCGCCGCCGGGCUCCGAGCCUCCGCACCGACAACAUGGAGGCUGUGAAAACCUUCAAUAGCGAGUUGUAUUCCCUGAAUGACUACAAGCCACCCAUUUCUAAAGCGAAAAUGACCCAAAUUACUAAAGCAGCCAUCAAAGCUAUUAAGUUUUAUAAACAUGUGGUACAGAGUGUUGAGAAAUUCAUUCAGAAAUGUAAACCAGAAUACAAGGUACCUGGACUUUAUGUUAUUGACUCUAUUGUACGACAAUCUCGACAUCAGUUUGGUCAAGAAAAGGAUGUGUUCGCACCCAGAUUUAGUAAUAACAUCAUUAGCACUUUCCAGAAUUUAUAUCGUUGCCCUGGAGAUGACAAGAGUAAAAUAGUGAGAGUAUUAAACUUAUGGCAGAAGAAUAAUGUAUUUAAAAGUGAGAUUAUUCAACCUCUUUUGGAUAUGGCAGCAGGGAUUCCUCCUCCAGUUGUCACACCUGUUUUGGCCAGUACUACUGCUGCUAUGAGCAAUACCCCAGGAACUCCUGUGACACCUGUUACUCCAGCCAAUGUGGUCCAAGGUUUACCUGAUCCGUGGGUGUCUCAGAUAACAAAUACAGAUACACUUGCAGCUGUAGCUCAGAUCUUACAAAGUCCUCAAGGCCAACAGCUUCAGCAGUUAAUACAGACUUUACAGAUACAGCAGCAGAAGCCUCAGCCUUCCAUCUUGCAAGCCCUGGAUGCCGGCCUUGUGGUCCAGCUGCAGGCUCUUACAGCACAGCUCACAGCAGCGGCUGCAGCAGCCAGCACCCUUAAUCCCCUAGAACAGGGAGUGUCUUUUAACAAGAAGUUGAUGGAUAGGUUUGAUUUUGGGGAAGAUUCUGAGCAUAGUGAAGAGCCCAAAAAGGAAAUUCCAGCUUCUCAACUUUCUCAUGUUUCAGAAUCUGUGAACAAUUCCAUCUUUCAUCAGAUAGCAGAACAGCUACAGCAGCAAAAUCUUGAACAUCUCAGACAGCAACUCCUGGAACAGCAACAGCCUCAAAAGGCAACUCCUCAGGAUAGUCAAGAAGGAACAUUUGGGUCAGAGCAUUCUGUGUCACCAUCACAAGGGAGCAGUCAACAGCAUUUCCUUGAACCUGAAGCAAAUUUGGAUGAUUCCAUAGAUAUUCAGCAACAGGAUAUGGAUAUAGAUGAAGGGCAAGAUGGAGUAGAAGAGGAGAUCUUUGAACAGGAAGCAAAGAAAGUGGCUGUUCGCUCCAGAUCAAGAACGCAUUCACGAUCCCGUUCAAGGUCACCAAGAAAACGAAGGUCUAGGUCACGGUCUGGUUCUCGAAAGCGUAAACACAGAAAGCGAUCACGCUCUCGCUCUAGAGAAAGAAAAAGGAAAUCAUCACGUUCAUACUCAAGUGAAAGAAGAGCUAGAGAAAGGGAGAAAGAACGACAGAAGAAGGGAUUGCCUCCAAUUAGAUCUAAAACAUUAAGUGUAUGUAGUACUACUCUGUGGGUUGGCCAGGUAGACAAGAAGGCAACACAGCAAGAUUUAACCAACCUCUUUGAAGAGUUUGGACAGAUUGAAUCCAUUAAUAUGAUUCCUCCCAGGGGCUGUGCUUAUGUCUGCAUGGUUCAUCGACAAGAUGCAUUUCGGGCUCUUCAGAAACUUAGUUCCGGGUCAUAUAAAAUUGGGUCCAAGGUCAUUAAGAUUGCUUGGGCUUUAAACAAAGGUGUAAAAACAGAAUACAAACAAUUCUGGGAUGUGGAUCUUGGAGUAACAUAUAUACCAUGGGAAAAAGUUAAAGUGGAUGACUUGGAAGGUUUUGCAGAAGGAGGCAUGAUUGAUCAGGAAACUGUAAAUACUGAGUGGGAAAGUGUGAAAAGCUCAGAACCCGUUAAAGAGACGGUCCAGACAACUCAGAGCCCACCUCCAGUUGAAAAGGAGACAGUGGUCACAACCCAGGCAGAGGUUUUCCCUCCACCUGUUGCUAUGUUACAGAUUCCAGUAGCUCCAGCAGUGCCUACAGUUAGUUUAGUCCCACCAGCAUUUCCUGUGUCAAUGCCAGUUCCUCCUCCUGGAUUCAGUCCAAUUCCUCCACCGCCUUUUCUCCGCGCAAGUUUUAACCCUUCACAACCACCUCCUGGUUUCAUGCCACCUCCAGUUCCACCACCUGUUGUACCACCACCUACUAUUCCACCAGUAGUACCAACAUCUUUAGUGCAGCCGCCAUUAUCUAUGACUCCAGAAACUGUGAAAGAUGUUGGAUUUGGUAGCCUUGUUUUGCCAGGUGGUUCUGUUGCCAGCAGUCUUGCUACUUCCACUCUGCCAGCUGGAAGUGUUUUUAAUCCUCCAACUAAACAAGCAGAGCCUGAAGAAAAAGUACCUCAUCUUAUAGACCACCAGAUUUCUUCUGGUGAAAACACCAGAUCAGUGAUUCCAAAUGAUGUUUCAGGUGGCUCUGCAAUUUUAGGAGGACAGCCGCCAAAUGUGACGAACAAUUCUGGAAUUCUGGGAGUCCAAAGACCAAAUGUAUCAAGUAAUAAUGAAAUUCUUGGAGUCCGGCCAUCUAAUGUUUCCAAUAGUUCUGGGAUUAUUGGAGCCCAGCCACCAAAUAUUCUAAAUAACUCUGGAAUUUUGGGAAUACAGCCACCAAGUGUGUCAAGUAGUUCUGGACUUCUGGGCAUGCUACCCCCAAAUAUACCUAACAAUUCUGGACUUAUGGGAGUACAGCCACCCAGUGUUCCAAAUACUUCUGGACUUUUGGGAACACAGCCACCAGCUGGGCCUCAAAAUUUACCCCCUUUAAAUCUUUCUAAUCAAAGGAUGCCUGCAAUGCCAAUGUUAGACAUUCGUCCAGGACUAAUACCACAGACACCUGGACCAAGAUUCCCUUUAAUGCAGCCUGGAAUUCCACCUCAGCGGGGACUCCCUCCCCCAGCGGUGCUUGAUUCAGCUCUUCAUCCACCACCCCGUGGUCCUUUUGCUCCAGGAGAUAUUUUUAGUCCACCUGAAAGACCUUUUCUAGUUCCUGGAAGACAAAGUGUAGACAACGUUGCUAAUCCAGAAAAAAGGAUACCACUUGGGAAUGAUAACAUUCAACAGGAAGGAGAUAGAGAUUACCGGUUUCCUCCCAUAGAAACCAGGGAAACCAUUAGUAGACCUCCCCCGGUGGAUGUUAGGGAUGUGGUUGGACGGCCUGUAGAUCCAAGAGAAGGUCCUGGAAGGCCUCCAUUAGACGGUAGAGAUCACUUUGGACGACCUCCUGUAGAUAUUAGAGAGAAUCUUGUGAGGCCAGGCAUAGAUCAUCUUGGUCGAAGAGACCACUUUGGCUUUACUCAAGAGAAGCCCUGGGGGCAUAGAGAUUUUGACGAGAGAGAGCAUCGGGUUCUGCCUGUCUAUGGUGGUCCAAAAGGCUUACAUGAAGAAAGAGGUAGAUUUCGGUCUGGAAACUAUCGGUUUGAUCCUAGAAGUGGUCCUUGGAACAGAGGAUUUGGACAAGAAGUUCACAGAGAUUUUGAUGACCGCAGAAGACCCUGGGAGAGGCAAAGGGAUAGGGAUGACAGAGAUUUUGAUUUCUGCAGAGAAAUUAAUGGAAGUCGUUUUGGACGAGAUAGAAUUCAAAACACCUGGGUCCCCCCUCCUCAUGCUCGGGUUUUUGAUUUUUUUGAAGGGGCCACUUCUCAGCGAAAAGGUGAUAAUGUGCCUCAGGUUAAUGGUGAAAAUACCGAGAGACAUGCUCAGCCACCACCUUUACCAGCGCAGAGUGAUCCUGAACUUUAUGAAAAACUGACAUCUUCAAGUGAAAUAAACAAGGAGAAGAGUGACACAGUUGCUGAUAUAGAGAGUGAACCAGUGGUAGAAAGCACAGAAACUGAGGGGACAUAAUCAUCACUCAGUAGGUAAAAGAUACAUUUUGUAAAGUUGUCAUCUCUCUGUAAUAGAUUAAUGGCUGACUGGACCAUAGUUGUUCACUUUUGUCUGCCAGAAUUAAGUUAAUCUGAUGUUCAUGUUCACCUUUCUCUUAAAAUAAUUGUACAACUGACUUGUAUAGACAUUGUUCUUAAUAUGAACAUGGUAGGUAAACAUUUUUUUAUUUUUCUGAUAAAAUAUAAAUGUUGCCCCAGAUUCUUUUAACUUCAAGGAAAUGAAUAACAGCUUGUCAGAGACUUCCUAUGGAAGAAAGAAUUUUUUAGAUACUACCAUUAGGUUGGAUAUGGUAAUAGAUAUAUUUCAAAAUAGCAAACGGUGGUAUAUCUUAUCCAUAUCUUUAGGCUGCUGCAGAAUUUUAAGGUAAUAGACAAAGCUGUGAUAUUUUAUGCAAAGACUGGCUCUAGAUAUUUGAGGAGCACAAUACAGAGAUUUUAAAAAGUGAUUUUGUAAAAUCUACACUAUGGUCUCUGUUUCUCCAAAGUAAGUGUUUGUGAUUUGUUCCUCAUACUGCAGUGAGUAAAAAAGAAAAAAGAAAAAAAGAAAACAACAUAAAUAUUAAAGUACGUUUCAAUGUUGGGUGAAUUUUGUUUUUAGAUGCCAAUAAAACUUAUUUGUUUGAUAACAGUGUUCUAGGAAUUGUAUUUUUUUAACCUACAGAUUCUUAAAACCAUGGAUCAUUAGCAGCAUGUGCUUAGUUGUUGCAGAAUUUUUCUAUUAACUCGUAAUAACAACAACAAAGAACCAUGUGGUUGAAAAAAGCGUGUACUUUGGUAUAAAAAUCAUGCAGUCUCAUUAGUAUGUGUGUAAUAUCUGUGUAUAUUUAUUGCAUAAGUCAUACGUAGAGUUUUCUUUCUCUGUACGUCUAUUUUCAUGCACAUACAGAGAAAAAUAGGAAGUUGGUAGUUUAGAUAAUAAAAUACUCUUUAAAACUGGAUAGAAAAUAAGAGCAAUUUGGCUAAUUGACAUUGCUCAUAGUUACAGCUCUUAGCCUUUAUGAUGGUAAAAUAAGAAAUACUGUAAAGAAAUACAUUGGCAGUUUGGCCGUUCUCUUUUAAUACAGUUAAGCAUGAAGCCAGAUUUAGCAUCAAGCUGAAUUCCACGUAAAUGCUUGCAUUGCUUUGUUUCACACUAUUUGCUAUUCUGCAUAGAUAGUGCUUAUACUGAAGUACUUACUGGUCACUUGCCUAAAGUGAAUUUCUCAGUUGCACAAAAUGUAGAGUAGUGUUGGUGGAUUUUAAAACAUUAACUUGUAUACCAGAAACAAUGUGUCCGUCAUGUGUUUUGUAGGCUCUGCAUAAUGCUGUUCAGAUUAGCCUCCAAGGUAAACGGAGUAGCAGAAAAGUUGGGGAUAAGUUUCCUGUUUUAUUUAUUAUUAUUAUGUUUUUGCUUUUGCUUUUCAUUUACUUGCUGUUUGUUUCUCCUUUGGGUUUUACAUAUAUACACAUAUAUAUAAAACCAUUGGUGUUUUUCCGUUUCUAAUGAUGGCUUUCAUUUGGUCCCAUGAACAGUUGCUUUGUCUCCUAUUCCAGUAAUUCCUCAUUGGUUCUAUUUACCUAAAAUUCUUAAGUUACAUUUGUCAAGCCCCCCCACCCCACCCCACCCCAGAAGAAAUGAUGGAGUACGCCAGCCAUUGAACGUUGGGUGGUGUUCGCUUCCCUCUGAUGAUCUAUAGAUCUUUAAGGAUUCUCGCCAAAAAUAAAGUCUUUUCUUCUUGUAGGUUCUGAAAUAGAAAUAGUACGUUACUUAUUUUGUUUUUUUGGAAAAGUGGAUGAGAGGGGGAGUUUGGUGUUUAUUUCUAGGGUAAUUGAAUUCAGUCCAAUAAUUUCGAGUUGGUUUCAGAUCAUUUCCUUGGGGUAAUGGGAAAAACUGUGACAUUGGUACAAAGUUUUAAUAUUCUGGAAAGAUUUAGCCUUGUCCUUAGGGAAAUUACAUUAACUGAGAUUUCUCUCAAACUACUUUAGUUACAUUUAUCAUUAUCAAAAUUAAGUGACAUUCACUUGGAUUAAGUAGCAAUAAAAAAGAAAGUGAGACUUUUCAGUGACUUUUGAUCCCAAGUUUUUUUUAUCACCCUUGGACCUUCAGGUGCAAACUUGAAAAUAAAAUGUGUACAAGUAUUGCACUUGUUUGAUGAUUCUGAUGGUAGAAGUUACCUAAUCAGUUGUCAGUACUGUCUCCUAGAAACCCAUCUUGGAAAUGUCUGACAUGCUUAAUUAAAACAGCUAAAAAAUAAUUAUGUGUAGUUAGGCUCACUUUAUCCUUGUAUUGUGUAAUGUUUGAGUGAAAGGAUGUUAUUCAUCCUCAUACUGAAUUUCCAAAAUUGAUAUUUACGUUCACUAUUUUUUUUUUAAACGGUGGAGAGAAAAGUUAAUUGUCUUACUUUGCUAAGUUUGACAUAAGACCUAUCACAUUUUUGACGCUUUUGAUCACAGUACUGCUGUCGCUAGAAUGCUAGCAGUUAGAAAUAUGAAAGGAGUACCUAAAUACUUUAAUAAAACAGUUGAAGUGCUGCAGGCAGUAAUUACAUUAGACAGGAGGUCACAUAGUGUUUUGAUUUGUGAUAUUUUAGAGAGAGAGAAUGAUAGGACUUAGUGUGGUAUUAGUAGAUUGCAGCGUUAAUAGACAUUAAUUUCUAAAUUUUUUUUGUGUUUAAACAUUUCAUUAAACAUUGGCUUCUGUUCUUAGCAUGAAUGCAUAUACUGUACUUUGAUCAUUUUAUAUUGUAGAUGGAAACUUAUUUUAAAGCAAGGUAGUCUUUAUCUACAGCAUAUCAUAGGUGGAAUGUUCCUUUAUUUUAAUUUUAUUUCAAUGUGUAGGCUGUGCAGCAUACUUAGAAAGCAUUGGAAGAUGGAAUAGUAUAAAAUUAUUUGUUUAAAACUCUGGAAAUGACUUCAUAUAUUUAAUUAAUACAAUUUGUUUAUUAUUUAAACGAUUACAUUCUUACCAGAGCAGUUGCUUUUGUUCUGGUAAUUUAGUUGCUUCACCAAACUUAUUGGCCAUUCUUCACAAAUUUGGGGUUGUUUUGGGAAUGGCACAGUUCGUUACAUUUAAAAAGAAAGUUACCUCUUUUAAUUUGAAAAAGUAUUUUUUUAUAAACACUAGUUCAUCAGAUCUAAGGUAUCAUUGAUUGUAAGAAGCACCGUUCAGAAAUUUUUAAAUGCUUCCAAUAUGACAUGCCAGCGAUU